CUGUUGAGGCUGCUGUCAUCCCCCUUAUCAUCGUCAACCCCCUCUCGCCAUCUGUGCCUAUGUGUGUGUGCUGCUGAUACCAUGGCGAUGGCUCCCCAUGCGAGGUCGAGCCUACGACGCACUGCCUGCGACAGAUGCCGGCACUCCAAGUUGAGAUGUUUUCGCGACGAGAACCAGGAGCGGUGCGCCCGCUGCAUACGUCUCGACCUGCGCUGCGAGAUCGCGCCGGCCCGUCCUCCCGGGAGACCGCGAAAAGUCGUCUCCUCGGCCGCUUUGGCAGGUAAAUCGCUAGCCACUUCAGCCUCCUCGUCUCCCCAACCGCCGGAGCCGAAUACGAGCCAGAGUUCGCCGUCGCCAGACUAUCAUGUCACCGACAUUCCCGGCGAAAGCCCGGCGGCUUCGUCCGUUUCUGACCACAGGCAGCAGCAGCAGCAUCAUUACGAGGCCAUCUCGCAGAUCGAAGGCUUCUCGGGCCACGCGGCCGGAGGCAGCACCAGCAUCAGCGAUAACUUCCAUCCAGACGCCACCUUUCCUGCCUCCGGGUUUAGGGGUGCCGAAUGGCUGGGACCGGGCUUCGAUCACAGCACUGUGCCACCGGGUGGGGACCUGCUAGAUGUUCACAACCUCUUCACGGCGAAGCUCGACCGGUACGAGUGCCUCAAGGAGCUCUCGAGGCUCAACGAGGACCUACAUCAUCAGUGGCGUGUUAUCCGGGAGGCCAACGACAGCGGCAACAUCGGAUUCUCCACCUUCAUCGUACACCCCCCGCCCCCGGACGGCGACGGCGUUUCGGUGGCUGAGAAGUUGCUGAUCAUGUCCCAGCGGUUUCAGCAGGCCAUUACGAACCUCAGUUGGGUCGUGAAAAACGAGCCGAGAUCUCCACUACCGAGAGCGGCGCCGCCGUCCGGCUCGGUCGAAGACGACUUCACGCUCUCAGCCCUGCUCGACAGCGCUUCUGGGCUCUCGUUGGCGGCGGUGGGGUCGCCGGAGCACGGCGCCGAGAGCCAACCGGGGUCCCCUUACGACGCUGAUCGGGCGACCACCUCGGACGGGCAGCUCGACUCGCCGUUCGUCUACGCGCUCGUCAGCUGCUACGUGCUCCUCAUCAACCUGUGGGAGGCCAUGUUCGUCCACGUGCGCCGGCGGAUAGAGCGCGUAGACCAGGAGCACAUCCCGCUCUCCGACCCGAGCAAGGGCAUCCAGAUGGGGGCCUUCUACAUCUACAGCGGGCGGCUGCAGAGCAUGUUCUUCUGCCAGGCCGUCGACUACUUUAUGGGUAACAUCGACCGGGGCCUCGGCAUCUCAGCCGAGCAGCGGGAGCAGGGCGUUGUCGGUCUGCUGUCGCACCCGCGGCCCUUCGGCCUGCUCCAGAAGGAGCUCGGCGGCCUGGGCGACAACGGUGAGAGCCAGCGCCCGGCGAUGCUCCUGAGGGAGGUCGAGUGGGCCAGGACCCGUACAUUGAAGGAUGAAGGCUGGUAGGGACGGAUGAAAUUACGGCCAUCCACUACCAGGAUCGGCACGAGCCAACGCC